AUGCGGCUGAGGCAAGGCAGGGGCACGGAGUCCGUUUCAAGAGCCUCGUCUGGCCUCGACUGGCUUUUUCGGUCGGCUGGCUGGCCUCGUGUGUUGCAGCAUCUCACCAUGGAAGCUCAGUGGCUCGAUGCGAUUGCUAGUCGCCAACCGGAUAUCACCCCCGGCCCUAUGUCGUACGGCAACUGCGGCGUCACCCGGGUGUAA